UCACAGCAGCGGCUGUAAGAACCACCACCACCACCACCUCCUCCUCCUCCACCACCACCACCACCACCACCAGUCUGCUCUCCGCUGCCCUGCACCGUUUCUCUGCAGCUACUAAUCCCGCAGACAUGGAGCUGGAGGGGCCGAUGCACCCGGCGCGCUCUCUCCCCUUGUAGCCGUGCGCUCCCGGCCCGUGGCGCGUCCCGCUGCACACCACCGAGGAGGCAGGAGGAGGAGGACGCUGAUUUUUUAUUCUGUGUCCUUCCGAGGCAUCGCUGUGCAGGAGACAGAGAGAGAGAAGGAGACGGAGAAGGAGACGGAGGGAGAGAGAGAGAGAGGGAGGUGUGGGGGGACAGCAGAGGACCCACACCGUCGUGACAGCAGAGGCCGUCUCAGGAUAUCGGGGCAAAGGGAGAGCGGCUCUUCGCCUCCUCCUCCUCCUCCUCCAUCAUGGCGAGCGACUCUCCGGCGCGGAGCCUGGACGAGAUCGACCUCUCCGCUCUGAGGGAUCCUGCUGGCAUCUUCGAGCUGGUUGAGCUGGUGGGAAAUGGAACCUAUGGGCAGGUGUACAAGGGUCGCCAUGUUAAGACCGGGCAGCUGGCAGCCAUCAAGGUCAUGGAUGUCACUGGGGAUGAGGAAGAGGAGAUUAAAGCGGAAAUCAACAUGCUGAAGAAAUACAGUCACCAUCGGAACAUUGCCACCUACUAUGGAGCGUUCAUCAAGAAGAACCCUCCCGGCGUCGAUGACCAGCUUUGGCUGGUCAUGGAGUUCUGUGGAGCCGGAUCCGUGACGGACCUGAUCAAGAACACCAAGGGGAAUUCUCUGAAAGAGGAGUGGACCGCUUACAUCUGCAGAGAGAUUCUCAGGGGUCUGACUCAUCUCCACCAGCACAAGGUCAUCCACCGAGACAUCAAGGGGCAGAACGUCCUGCUGACGGAGAACGCAGAGGUCAAACUGGUGGACUUUGGUGUUUCGGCCCAGCUGGACAGGACGGUAGGUCGGAGAAACACAUUUAUCGGGACCCCGUAUUGGAUGGCGCCGGAGGUCAUCGCUUGCGACGAGAACCCUGAAGCCACGUACGACUUCAAGAGUGAUUUAUGGUCCCUGGGAAUCACGGCAAUCGAGAUGGCUGAGGGAGCACCACCGCUGUGCGACAUGCACCCAAUGAGAGCCCUCUUCCUCAUCCCACGCAACCCUGCGCCCAGACUCAAGUCAAAGAAGUGGUCAAAGAAGUUCCAGUCGUUCAUAGAGAGCUGUCUGGUGAAGAGCCACGGCCAGAGACCCAGCACGGAGCAGCUGCUCAAGCACCCGUUCAUCAGGGACCUGCCCAACGAGCGGCAGGUCCGCAUCCAGCUGAAGGACCACAUCGACCGCACCAAGAAGAAGAGGGGCGAGAGGGAUGAGACAGAGUACGAGUACAGUGGCAGUGAAGAGGAGGACGAAGAAAGAGACAUGGGUGAACCGAGCUCCAUCAUCAAUGGCCCCGGGGAGUCCACCCUGAGGCGGGACUUCCUGCGCCUCCAGCUGGCCAACAAGGAGCGCUCGGAGGCGCAGCGGCGGCAGCAGAUGGAGCAGCAGCAGAACGAGGAGCACAAGCGCUUACUGUUGGUCGAGAGACAGAAACGCAUCGAGGAGCAGAAGGAGCAGCGGCGGCGGCUGGAGGAGCAGCAGCAGCGAGAACGUGAGCUGAGGAAACAGCACGAGAGGGAACAGAGGAGGCGCUACGAGGAAAUGGAGCAGCUCCGCAGAGAGGAGGAGAGGAGGCACGCGGAGAGAGAACAGGAGUAUAUCCGUAGACAGCUGGAAGAGGAGCAGAGGCAGUUAGAGAUUCUCCAGCAGCAGCUACUGCAGGAACAGGCGUUACUCAUGGAGUACAAGCGUAAGCAGAUAGAGGAGCAGCGGCAGGCGGAGCGGCUCCAGAGGCAGCUCCAUCAGGAGCGAGCCUACUUGGUGUCUCUGCAGCAGCAGCAGCAGCAGCAGCAGCAGGAGGGAAGGCAAGCAGAGAAGAAACCGCUCUACCACUACAAAGAUGUCAUCAAUCCUGCAGACAAGCCUGCCUGGGCUAAAGAGGUCCCGAAGCAGCAGAAUGCUCAUGGUAACCCACCCCAGUCGCAACUACGACAUCACCAGUCAUUCAACCAACCAGUUUCCCCACCUGGCUCUCAAGUCCAACCCAGAUCCCAAGCCCCUAAGCGAACCCAGUCCCACCUCUCCCCACACGUUCCCCAUAUCCGUAUAUCAGUAGACAACUCAGAACCCUUAGAUCCGGCGCUGAAGCAGGAGAUAAGUCAGCAGGUCAGAGAGCUGAGGGCUCAGAAAGUCGAUAAGAGGAGCUGCAGUCCAGGGAGGAACCAGAACCAUGCUGCUGACCAAGGACACAUUAACGGCCCUAUGAGGAGCAAUAAACUGCAUUCUAGUCCAGGGCCACUGAACCAGUCUCAUCCAGUGCACAAUCCUAGAGACAGGUCUAUCUCUACACCUGCACCCAGUAGGGUAGGCAUCCAGGGGCAAUUGUCUCCAGACCAGCACUUUAAGGCCGUUCACCUUCAUCCUCUGGCCCCAGGACAGAUGCAGAAAUUCCAGUCUGGAUCAAAACCUGUUUCCAUCAUUCCUAUCAGACCGGUGGAGGAGCGAUCUAAGCUGAACCGACAGAGCUCGCCAGCGCUGCAGCACAAAGUGUCCAACCGCAUCUCCGACCCCUCCCUCCCUCCCCGCUCCGAGUCCUUCAGCAGCGGGGGCAUGCAGCCCGCCCGCACCCCACCCAUCCACCGCUCCGUCGAACCACAGAUGGCUCACCUGGUUCCAGUGAAGACCCACUCCAGCUCCAUGUCCGGCUCUCAGUCUCUGCAGGAACAGACGGGUUCGGUUCUGAGCGAGGGCGUCAGCGUGGGGUCCCCCAGGCCCGAGAUGCCCCGGCAGAACUCGGACCCCACCUCCGACACCCCGGGACCACAGCUGCGCAUCGCCGGCAGGGACGAACGCGAUCGGGAACGAGACAGAGACCGGGAUCGAGAGCGGGACAGGACUGCGUGGCUGAGAGAGGAGGACAUGCCGCCAAAGGUCCCCCAGAGAACCACUUCCAUCUCCCCAGCCCUGGUCAGGAAGAACUCCCCGAACGGAGGAGUGGGUCUGGGCCCUCGCACAGGUUCUCAGCUCAUACGGGCCAGUAACCCAGACCUGCGGCGCUCUGAGCUCUCUCUGGACGCCAUGCUGCAAAGAACCUCCUCCAACUCGUCGUCUUCCUCCUCCCCUUCAUCUCAGGGAGGCUCAGCCGAGAGGAGAGGUCAAACCAAGCAGGAAGGAUCCCCUCCAGGAGCCAAUCAGGAGGCGAAGUCCAAACAGGAGGAGGGCCGCGAAUCAGCCAGACCCAGCAGACCUGCAAGCUAUAAGAAAGCCAUAGAUGAGGAGGAGCUGGACCUGAGUGCAUUGGCAAAGGAGCUCAGAGAGCUGAGGGUGGAGGAGGGCAGCAGACCUCCAGUCAAGGUGACGGACUACUCGUCUUCGAGUGAUGAUUCAGACAGCAGCGAUGACGACGGGCAGACAGUGGGGCAUGAUGGGACAGUGGCUGUUAGCGACAUCCCCCGCAUCAUGCCACCGGUGCAGAGUAGUGGUGAGUCGUAUGGAGGGCUGACAGAGGACUCUCUGGGAGAUGCCUAUAAUAGCUCCAAGGACGGCACUCUAGUGAUGAGAGAGGCCGAGGAGAGGAGACGAGGCGGCCACACUGAGAGCAACGGGUUUGGGAAUCACAGUAACCACGGUAACCUGCCUGACCUUGUCCAGCAGAGCAACUCUCCGUCAGCCACGCCCACCUCCGCCCUGCAGGAGCUGAGCGACAUGGCCGAGUUUGGUGUGGGCGGGUCCAAAGCCUCUUUUACCCCAUUCGUCGAUCCUCGUGUCUAUCAAACAUCCCCAAGCGACAAUGACGAUGAGAACUCAGCGACAGCCAUGUUUGAAAACGAGCUGAUGAGGCAGGAGCAGGCUCGACUAAACGAAGCCAGAAAGAUCUCCGUGGUCAACGUCAACCCCACAAAUAUCAGGCCGCACAGCGACACGCCUGAGAUCCGCAAAUACAAGAAGCGCUUCAACUCUGAGAUCCUGUGUGCUGCGCUCUGGGGUGUGAACCUGCUGGUGGGGACAGAGAAUGGUCUGAUGCUGCUUGACCGCAGCGGGCAGGGCAAAGUCUAUAACCUCAUCACCAGACGGCGCUUCCUGCAGAUGGAUGUGUUGGAAGGGCUCAACGUGCUGGUCACCAUAUCUGGGAAAAAGAAUAAGUUGCGUGUCUACUACUUGUCCUGGCUGAGGAACCGAAUAUUACACAACGACCCUGAGGUAGAAAAGAAGCAGGGUUGGAUUACAGUCGGCGAGCUGGAGGGCUGUGUGCAUUAUAAAGUUGUAAAAUAUGAGAGGAUAAAGUUCCUGGUGAUCGCUCUGAAGAACUCAGUGGAAAUCUACGCCUGGGCUCCCAAACCCUACCACAAGUUCAUGGCCUUCAAGUCGUUCACGGAGCUGCAGCACCGUCCCCAGCUUGUUGACCUGACGGUGGAGGAAGGCCAGAGGUUAAAGGUCAUCUAUGGCUCCAGCGUGGGCUUCCAUGUCAUCGACGUGGACUCGGGCAACCCGUACGACAUCUACAUCCCCUCACAUUGUGCCAAACGAACGAAGAUCCAGAGCCAGGUGACACCCCACGCCAUCGUGGUGCUGCCCAAAACGGAUGGAAUGGAGAUGCUGCUGUGUUACGAGGACGAGGGCGUGUACGUCAACACCUACGGUCGCAUCACCAAGGACGUGGUGCUUCAGUGGGGAGAGAUGCCUACCUCUGUUGCCUAUAUCCAUUCUAAUCAGAUCAUGGGCUGGGGGGAGAAAGCCAUAGAGAUCCGCUCCGUGGAGACGGGUCACCUGGAUGGAGUCUUUAUGCACAAGAGAGCCCAGAGACUCAAGUUCCUCUGUGAGCGGAAUGACAAGGUGUUCUUUGCAUCGGUGCGUUCGGGAGGCAGCAGCCAAGUCUUCUUCAUGACCCUCAACAGAAGCUCCAUGAUGAACUGGUGAUGGCUCCUCCCACAUUCCGCUCUGCCUCGCUCUCCCAUUGGCCAGCCCGACGACCCAACCCCCGGCCCCACGGCACGUCUCGCAAAACGAACCCGACCGCCCGCGUGGCCACGAGUGAACUCUUUUAACGCUGGAGAGACUGAAAAAGGUUUAGCUAACGGAAGAAAAGAAAAAAACAACAGCUAUCGUAGAGAAAAACCAACAAAGACAUUGUUCUAAAUGAAGAGACGUGUCACCCUAGAUAUUGUCGGGGUCAUACAGAAGCCAUCUUUCCUCAGCUGACUGGCAAACUGGUGCCACUGACUUUCCAAAUAUUCUCUCUGUUCCCCUCUUGCUGUGUCCGUCUGUCUGUGACUCUUCCCCCUCUUUUGUCCGUCUCUUCUCCGCAAGAGGACGAGUGCAUUCAGCGACUGUAGAAAACACUUUAAACCCGUCUCCCUCUGUCGCUCGUCCUCCACCUUUCCCUCUUCUGCUCCUUCCUGCUAGAUCGAGUCAUCACUUUUUUCCAGCCCUUUGACACGUCAAUUUCUCCCUCACUUCCUGUCUGCCGUGUGAGAACUGAGCCUCCGGGGACGGAGGACGGGCAGAUGAGUGAGGUUUAAUAUGAAUUUAAAUAAAUACUCUGAUAUGACAGUGCAGGGAGGGCGGCUGGGAGGGAUGACAAAUCUACUCUGGAUGUCGGCGGCGAAAGGCAGACAGCCUGAUUGAUUUUCUCUCUCCUCUGUCACUCCUCCUCCUCCUCCUCUCGCCAUCUGUCCGGGUAAACUGAGUUGUGACUUGGCGUUCGAUCGCAUCUCGCUGAUAGAGAUGCGGGGAGACCUCGCCGUCACGGGCAGGUCGCAAUAGUAUGCAAAGAUGAUGUUUGUGUCCCUUUAAAAAUGAAACCACUGGUCCGUUGUGUGUCACACCCUCUUCAUCAUCACACUCUUUAUACUCUGAAGGUGCUGCAUCAGAUAUACUGUAAUAUUCAACGAGGGAGUCGUCCUUCUCGUUGUGUUUAUUUUUUUUCGCGUUCCUCCUCUUUCUCUGUGUAACAGUUUGGAGUCAGUCGGUCGUUGAAGCUCGAUGUACAGCACGUGGGUCUCGGAGGUCAGGAGCGUGUGUUGAUAUGUGUGUGAAUGCGUGUGUGUGUGUCUUUAACUCUAUGUCACAAUGACUCGCGUUCGGAUCAAAGUUGGACGUUUGACUUUGAUGUCUACGAAAAAAAGGUCAAGUAAUUCUGUCUCUGUGCGUGAACUUCGACCUUAAUGCGAUCAAAGCACCGCUGAGUGUGUUUACAGGCAGAUUUUAAGGUAUUUUCUUCUUAGUAUGAGUUGGUGUGUGCGAACACCAUGCAUUUUAAGAAAAUAGGCAAUAUUAGUGGAUGAUUUGUGUUUUGUUUUGCCGUACGUUUCUGUUUCCUUUAACACGUUGAUGUUAAUGAGCUUCUCGCGCCUGCAGCCGUGUCGCUGUGGUUGAGACGAUGAUGCACAUGAAUAUACGACCUGAGCGGGGUACGAGCCGCGAUCCUGAACAUUUGUGCGCACGUGGAAAAGCACUCGUCGUCAAAAGCUGUGGUGUCAUGCUCCUCCCUGAUUGGCUCUUCGGACCUUCGGCUCCUUACUGUUUGCACAGUGCCUAGCAUGAUGUAAGCAAAACUAAAAUGAGGCCAAGAGAUUACCACUCAUCAUGGAUAACGAUUUAAUUGCCUAUGCGGUUACUUUACACAGUUUUUAAACUUUAACACGUGAUGUAAUUUGUCUCUUCUGAUGGAGAUGUGACUUUAACAACUUUUUACACCUGAUUUAUUCUUUGAAAGGAGCGAACCUUGCCAUUUCUCUCUAGAUAUUUAGCACAGCUCAGUCAUUAAUACAUAUUGUAUUAAACUUGCAACACUAUCGAGGGUGGAGGAGUUCCUGCUCGUCCUCAUCGUCGGAGAGCAAUGAAAUGCAGAUGAGUCUUUUCUCCCCUGGUGGAUAUUCUGGAGGUGUGGCAGCAUGUUGGCCUGUAGUUACAAGACAUUUAAGAUGGCACAAAAAAUAGGCUCAUUCCACAGUUAUGUAAUGAUCAUUUGAUGUCAUUUUUUUCCUGUUGAAUUUUGAAUAAACCAUUCUGUUGUAUUUCCAAUGACUUUUCUACACGUCCAUGCAGUAGCUGUUCCUGUGGAGCUGUUAGGUUCACUGGUCUCUGUUACGGAGAGCAGGCUAACAUUUAGCAAUAAAGAGCCGAGCUGAAGAAACCACCGUCUUCCCUGUGUGUGAGUGUGUGAGUGUGUGUGCACGCAUGCACCCGAGUGUAUGAUUAAUAAACACGUGUGUAUGGGGCAUUGUUACUGUGUGUGUGUGUGUGUGUGUCCAUUGUGGAAUUCACUCUUCCAAUUAGAAAAACAUGGUCAUUACACUGAGAACUCUCCUUUCAAAGACGAAACCACUGUAUUCUUUUGUUCUGUUCAUUUCUUGUUUUUCUUUAUUUCGAAAAGAGCAUUACUAAUGUCCUGUUUGGGGAUUUAUUUGUUUUGUAAAAGAGAUGCUGUAAGAGAGAAAUAAAUGAAACUAGAGCAUUAUGCUUCUGAAA